AUGAUCAGAAGGACAGACGUGUCGGGCUUCGAUUCUGCGCCUUCAAGUUCUUAUUUGACACAUCUCUUGGCUUGUAUGGGCUUCAUCAGCAUACAUUGCUGUGAAUAUGUACAAAACUUGCGGGCAUUCUUCCGAUUAUCAGCUGCUACUCUCAGGGACCGGAAUGGGCUGCGAAAGACUGUUCAACAUGAUAUUAUUCCUACAGAUGCGGUUGCAGAUGCUGAUGGGCCAAGACAUAAUGAUCUCAUAGAUCACAAUACCCCACCACCUAUUCCACCCGUGUCAAACACACUUCCUUUGCACGUCCUUACGCUUUGUCAAGCGUAUCUAGUAUCCGGGCCGCCUAGAUAUCAUCCACCUGCUGUCUUAAACCCAGAUGGGCGAGACGUUUUGGUCGGCGAAGCCUCGAGUUCUGAAAAACUGGCGGACGGAAUCGCCGAACCCAAUUGUGUUGAAGUCCGCAAGGUAGAUGGAAGCCACGAGUCAGACGGUAUCGCUGCUCCAGAAACUGGCAAAAAAAGCUCGCUACCUGCUUCCCAGGCACCUUUGUCAGUAGAGAGAAACGCCGAAAAGGAUACUAUUCCAGAAGGAAAAGGCUCCAGAGUCAAAGCGGUCCAAGACUACAUGUCAAAGGUCUGGAAAUCAUUCAAAAAGCGUAUCCUACAAGCGUGGAGAUAUCUGUCUGCCAGGGUUCGGAGUUUGAAGCUUCGCAAAAACAAAGUUGGCGACACCAAAAAGGCCGAAGCUUCAUCAAAGAAUAAAGUUGAUGAACCCGCAAAAACGGAAAUUGUCAAAGAUCAGUUUACCCCCUCAACAUCGGAAAAUAUUGAGCAUGUGAAUCUUGCACAAGGGACGACCAAAGAACCAUUGACCACACCAUCCCUUGGAGGACAUCACGUAGAAGUUGAAGUCAAUAAUGGGGAAGGAAGUGCAGGUCUCUCAGCUGACUCUCAAACAAACGAGGUUCGUCAAGGCUCUAAAAAGGAGACCAAUUCACCCAGCCCAAACGCAGCACCAUUCAGCGGUCACAAGGGGGAUGUCACACCACUCGAGAAAGGUGAAAGAGGAGUCACAGAGGACGCAGCCCACUCCAAUGCACCAGGUGCCGAGUUUAAAAUGGAACCAGAAUUCACUGUGGGCCCUCAAUUUCCCCACAGCCAUUAA